AUGAGGAGUGUAGUUCUAUUAAAAGAUAUUACUUUCUUAAAAAGUUUUUCUUUAAAUAAUAAAUUAAAAAAUGAUUUAUGUAAAUUUGUUGAUAACAAAAAUUUUAUUAAGAUAAAUUGGCGUACAAUAAUAUGUUUUAGAUGGAGCAAAAUCAAUCCCUCAAAAAAGGAAUACAACAAAUAUUUGAAUGCAAAAAAUAUUUUUAAGAAAAAUGUAUAUAAUGAUAAACAUAAUUUGUCACAUAUUAGAUGCAUAAGCAAUAAUAAAAUAAAAAAAUAUGAUGAAAAAGAAAAAUAUAAUGGAAACAAAGAUAUUAAGAUGUGUAGUAAUCCUAAUGACAAUACCAUAUAUGAGAAAUCUAUAAAAAUUGUAGAAAAAAAUAUUAACAUUGACAAAAAUAAAAAUAUAAACGUAAAUGUAUACAAUACAUUACAUGUAAAUAAUAUAUGUAAAAAAAUAUAUUAUAUGAGUAAGAAUAACAUAAAAAAUGAAAAAGAGUGGAAUCAUUAUUUAUUAGAAUUUUAUAAAGAAACAAAAAAUUGUGAAUACUUAAAAAUAAAAAGUAUUUUUAUGCUAUUAUUAGGGAUAACUAAAAGUAAAGAACAUAUAAAAGAGGUACUUAUCAUUAAGGAUAACGAAAAAAAUAAAAAAGUAUACAUCAUGGACAUUGUAGAUAAUCAUAUAAGUAUUUUAUCAAAAAAAUUUGAUGAAAUGACAAAUAAUCAAUUAAGCAUAUUUUUAUAUAUUAUUCAAAAAUGGAAUAAAGUUGAAAAGUAUAAGGACAUUAUUAAAAGGAUUAAUGAUAAAAUUUUAACAAAAGUUAGCUUAAAAAAAUUAAAUAUAAGAAGUUUUUCCAAUGUUUUACACAUAUAUUCAAAAAAUUAUGAACAAUUUCGUGAUAAUUAUAGUGAUAAUAUGCACAACAAACAAAAUUGUGUAAUUACAAAUGACACAUUGAUCAGAUAUAUUAAUAAAAUUUCUAAAGAGAAAUUUCGUAUGGAAGAUAUUUUAUGCAUUUUGUCAUCAAUGUAUAAAUUAAAAAUUAAAAAUAAAAAUAUUUUUUUAAGUGUAAUACAAAUUUUAAAUGUUAAUUUAAAAGAUGGCAAUUAUUUUUUAAUUCCAUCUUUGCUAUUAUCAUUAGCAAAUUUAAAUAUUUACAAUGAAGAACUGUAUCUAAAAUUAAAAAACAUUAUAAUACAAAAUUAUUAUUUUUAUAAUUCAGUACAUUUAACGAAUGUAUAUUAUUCUUUUUCUAAAUUUAAACCAAAUUAUGUAGAAGAACUUUUUGAUAAAUUAUCAAAUCAUAUUAUAGGGAAUUUUUCACAAAAAAAAGGAAAAGAAAAAAUUGAAGCUUCAAAAGAGAUAGAAAAUUAUUCUUUUAGUAGAAAAACAUUAAGCAAACCAAUAAUAAAUUAUACAGAAAUCAGUAAUAAAGAAUUUAAUAUUUUUCAAAUAACAAAUAUCAUAAGCUGUUGCAUAAAAUGUAAUUACUUAAAUUAUGAUUUUUUUUUGCAUUUAAUUUUAGACGUAGAAAAAAUAAAUGAAAAACAGUCAUUAGAUAAUAUUAUUAAUUAUUUUUAUGUCAUAUCAAAAAUUUUAAAAACUUUUAGUAUUUGCAAUUAUAAACAUAAAUUAUAUUUUCACAAUGAAAAAAAACAAUUUGAAAGCAUACUAGAACAUAAAUUUAACAAUACUAUUAAUAAGAAGGAAAAAAAAAACAAAUUAAAUAAUAAUUACAACAAUGAUAAUAAAUAUAACACUUUGUAUACAUUAAAUAAAGAAUGGAAGCAUAACGAAAUAUAUAGGUAUAGCUCUAAUUACUAUCUAUAUAAUAAUAACUUUUUUUUUGUAGAAUGCAAAAACUCAAAUAUUAAAGAAAAUGACUUACAAAAUAAAUUUGAAUUGUACUGGGAUGAAUUAAGUGAAAAAAUAAUAAAAAUAAUUGAAAAAAAUUUAUAUGACAAAAAUAUAAAAUAUAUUCUACAUAAUUUAAUGCUUUGUUUAUCUAUAAGCGAAAUAAAAUUAUUAAAUAUAUAUAUAUUAUGUUUAGUUAUUAUUAAAGAAAAUUAUAAGUUUUUUAGUAUAAACAAUUUAUAUUUAUACUUAAAAAUUUUUCAUAAAUUUAAAAUUUACAACUAUGAAAUUUUCCAUUUAAUAUCUAAUCAUAUAAAAAAAUAUAUGCAUUUAGUAGAAUUAAGAAAAAAAAUUAAAAUAAUUAUAUUAUGCUUUAAUAUUUUUAAAAAAACAAAUAAGCAAGAAAUGGAAUUAAUUUUACAUUACUUCUUAAAUUUAGAUGAAAAAACUAAAAUAAAAAAAGACAAAGAACCUUUUUUAAAAAGAGAUAAAUUUAAUGAAAGUAUAUGGAAACUUCCCACAGACAUACAAAUAAAACAAAAUUUUAUAAACCUAGACAUCUUCGGUAAUUCAUCUUUUCAAAAUAAUACAAGUAACAAUUUAAAUAUUAUUAACACUAACAUUAACUUAAAUAAAAAUAAUGAUGUUAAUAAUAAUAACAAUAACUUUAAUAAAUAUAAUGAUACUAAGGGUAAUUUAAAUCCCAAUGAUGAUAUUAAAAAUAAAAAUAAAAGUUUAUGUGAUAAUGCACUCUUUAAUUCAUCUUAUUCAUUCGAUGAAAAUAAAAAUGAAGAUUUAGACUUAAUAAACAAUAAUUUUUUUUUAAAAAAAAUAGAAAAAACAGAAAUUUUUCCUUCUAAUUUGAAUUUCUGUAACUACUUAAACAUUUUAUUAAUGUUAAUUUUAAGCUGUAAAAAUACAUAUGAAAAUAUAAAGUUAAAUACACUUUUUUCAAAGAAUAAUAAUUUAAUAAAAAUUAAAAAAGGUGAAGAUAUUUUAGAAAAAUAUACUAAAAUACUAAAAGAAAACUUAUUUAAUGCAAAGUUUUCUAUUAUUCAAUUUUUCGAAAAAUUUGCAGAUUAUUUAGAAAAAGAAAAAAAUGAAUUAUAUAACUAUCAAAUAAUGUAUAUUUUAAAUUUCUUAAAAAUUAUAAAUGAAAAUGUUUAUAUGGAUAUAAUAAAAAUAGAAAAAAUGAAACAUUACGAUUCUCAUUUACAAACAAAUUCGAAUUACUCAAGUAAAAAAAAUUUUGAAUUAAAAAAGGAAGACUUUGCAUUUAUAAAUUCAACAGUUAAUAAGGAUUUCCAUUUCAAUGAUAUUUUUAAUGAUGAUUAUAUAAAUCAUAGAUAUCAAUAUAAAAGUAUCACUGAAUCUAUAAGUAAUUUUUCAAAUCUUAUUAGAACAUACAAUGAAGCGAAAAAUCUUAUUUCUAAAAAUAAACAUUCCUCUAAAAAAAUUAAAACAUUUUAUAAAUUAAACAGAUUCUUAACUUCAGAUAUUUUACUUAUACUAGAAAAAAAUAAUGAGGAAUUUUUUUAUUGUCUCUUAUUUUACCCAUAUGAAUUAAAACGAACUGUUGUAAAUAUAAAAGAGGAUACCUUUUUUUUUAAUUAUGAAUAUGAUGAAUCACUUUUAAUUAAUAUAGAGAUUUUAUUUAUUUACAACUUUUUAAAAAAAAAAUUUGCAAAUAAUUUUUUUUUAAGUAUUAUAGAUGCAACUCAAUUUAUUAAAAUUUCAAAAGAUGAAGGUAAAAUAAUGAAAAAAAAUGGAUUAAGUGAAAAUUCAUCUAAUAAUUGCUAUAUAAAUAAAGAAAACUAUAUUUUAGAAAAUAUUUUGACAACAUAA